CGCUGCCCGGCGCCAUGGCCGCUGCGGCCGGGGACGCCGCGGUGAAACCGCUGCAGAGCGCCAUGAAGCUGGCCAACGGAGCCAUCGAGCUGGACACCGGCAACCGGCCCCGGGAGGCGUAUACGGAAUACCUGAGGAGCAUCCACUACAUCUCCCAGGUGCUGCUGGAAGAAAUGGAGAGGACCAAGGAAGCCGGGGACGCUGUGCCCCCGGACACCCCCAAGAUGCUGAAGCUGGCAGAGCAGUGUCUGGAGAGGGCCCAGUCGACGGCAGCCAAGCUCGGCAAAACGCACCUGAAGCCAGCCACGCCUGUGGCUGCUCCAGGCCCCUGUCCUGCCAGCAGGCACCGCCGUGUGUGCUCGGAUGAAGGAGGGAAGCUGUCUCCUUUUCUGCCACCUGAAAUCUUCCAGAGACUUCAGGUGGUGGAGGCACACAGCUCUAAGAGGGAGCUGACACCACUGGAGGAGGCCUCCCUGCAGAACCAGAAGUUGAAGGCUGCAUAUGAGGCCCGGAUGGCACGUCUGGACCCCAGCCAGGCUAUGCAGAAGACAUCGCUGACCCUGUCUUUGCAGCGGCAGAUGAUGGAGAACCUGGUGAUCGCCAAGGCCCGGGAGGAGACGCUCCAGAGGAAGAUGGAAGAGCGCCGGCUUCGGCUCCAGGAGGCUGCCAACAGGAGGUUCUGCAGCCAGGUGGCCCUGACCCCGGAGGAGCGGGAGCAGCGGGCCCUCUUUGCCGCCAUCCUCGAGUACGAGCAAGACCAUGACUGGCCAAAGCACUGGAGAGCCAAGCUCAAGAGGAGCCCAGGGGACCUGUCACUGGUGACCAGCCUGGUCUCCCACCUGCUCAGCCUCCCCGACCACCCGAUCUCACAGCUCCUGAAGAGGCUCCAGUGUGCAGUGUACGGCGCGCUGUACCCCGUCGUGAGCAGGGCCGCCCCAGGCUGCUGCUCCCUACCCCCAGACACCGACGGGCUGCUGGCUCCUGGGAGCCGGCGGCUCCGGGCUUCACAGAGCCUCUACUGCAUGCUGUCCCCUCCAGAGCCCAGCACAGCCCCAGGGCCGCCAGACGGCCCCCUUGCCACUCCUCCCACGCCCCCGCUCCAUCCUGGACCCCCAGACAGGGAGGCAGACGACAGCCCUGCUGGGCCUCCCUCACCUUCACCAGACGCCUCCACCCGUCUGCCGGACAAGGACAGCUCCUUCGAAGACCUAGAACAGUUCUUGGCCACAUCUGAAAGGUGGAGUCGGGGCCCUGCAGGGCAACCUGAGCCACAGCCCCCAGGAGUGAAGAGGGAGCCCCUGCUGGAGCGGCUGCAGAGCACUGUGAAGGACAUACACAGCGCCAUCGACAGGUUGUUGUCACUGACCCUUCUGGCCUUCGAAAGCUUGAACACAGCGGCCUGCAAGGACCGCUGCCUGGCCUGCAUCGAGGAGCCCUUCUUCUCCCCACUGUGGCCACUGCUGCUGGCCCUCUACAGGAGUGUGCACCGUGGCCGCGAGGUGGCGCUCAGCAGGAGCAUGGAGCUCUACAGGAAUGCACCCCCAACAGCCAUUGGCAUCCCCACCAAACUCCUCCCCAGGGACCCACAGGCCAGGGGGGCUGCCGCCUACCCCUACUGCACAGCAGCCCAGGAGCUGGGUCUGCUGGUCUUGGAGAGCUGCCCCCAGAAGAAGCUGGAGUGCAUCGUGCGGGCCCUGCGAGCCAUCUGUGUCUGUGCAGAAGACUACUGCCGCGCCCAGGAGGCCACACCUGAGGCCACGCCCACGCCCCCAGCCUCUGCUGCCAUUGGUGCUGAUGACCUGCUGCCCAUCCUGUCCUUUGUGGUGCUGAGGAGCGGCCUCCCACAGCUGGUGUCGGAGUGUGCGGCCCUGGAGGAGUUCAUCCACGAGGGGUACCUGAUUGGAGAGGAGGGCUACUGCCUGACAUCACUACAGAGUGCCCUGAGCUAUGUGGAGCUGCUGCCCCAGGGGCCCCUGGGCAAGUAGUGGAGGCUGGACCCAAGACUUCUGCUGAAGAACCCAGCCUCAGUGCCCCUGAGGACUGUCCAGUGGCCUCCAUGCUGCCCUGCACGCCUAGUGCAGGACACUGGGGGGCAGGGCAGCUGUGGUAGGGCCCCCAGUUCCUGCCCUCCUCCUAACCCUGCAUCUGCCCCCGGAGGCUUGGGGCAGUUCUGUCCACCCAGCAAGAUGGGGCCAAACCAGCUCCCAGCUACCAGGCCCUGAUCUCUCCUGCACCUGCCUGAGGCCCCUUGAGGGACGGGCUGCUGCCUCCCUGGGGCCUGCAGCAGUGGGUGAGGGCCCUGCAGUGAGCAUCUGGCUGGGCCUGGCCCCUUGUGGACAGGGUGACCUGCAGGGUCACCAGGGGGGUUCACAGCCCACAGCCAAAAUCUGGUUUGUGCCACCACACCCUAUCCCACUCUUAGAACAAAGCUCCUAUGAGCCAGGAUGGAGAGCCUGCCACCCCCACCCAGGGCCCCAGGGUGCCACUGGCGCGAGUCUGUGCUGCUUGUUGACUGGGCAGUGACUGCCCUGCUCACCCACACUGGCCCAGGUCUGGGACUCUGAGCCGCACACCCACCCCAGGCCUAGGACACUCCCUGUCCUCACUCACCUUGGCAGUGGGCAGUGAACGUUCCAGGACCCUCGACCAACUCCAAGCCCCAUACAUCCUUCCCCAGGUCAGCUGCCAGCCCAGUCUAACCUAAAAUAAAGAGGUCACUGCUGUC